AUGGCAUUAUCGGCCUGCCGUUGUCCAAGGGCGAUGCGGACGUCAUCAUAUCCCCGAGCCAGACAAAGUCCCUUCGGCAAAGGGGCCGAGACGGUGGUUGACACGUCGGUGCGGAAAUCCUGGCAGCUCGACCCGACACAGUUUUCCCUCCGCAACCCGAAAUGGAAAGCCAUGAUGGACCAGAUUCUGCAAAAAGUAGACACAGGACUGCACCUCCACUGCGGGGCCGAGUCUGUUUCGGCCGAACUGUACAAGUUGCUCUUGUAUGAGGAAGGCGCCUUCUUCAAGCCACACAAGGACAGCGAGAAAAGUCCAGGAAUGUUUGGCACCUUGGUGGUCUGUCUCCCUUCCUCUCACCAAGGUGGUGAGCUCGUGCUCAGCCACAACCACGAAAAAGUCGAGUUGAAAACCGCUCCCACCUCCGACUUUGAUAUGUCGUAUGCGGCAUGGUAUUCCGACGUGCUCCAUGAAGUCAAACCGGUGACUCAAGGCUACCGGCUAGUUUUGGUCUACAACCUGGUCAAAAGAAACCCGACAACAAUGCUCAUGCCCCUGUCCUUGACCAGUCAUCAAGAUCGCCUUGUUGCAGUGCUGAGGCAAUGGUUUGUCGAGCCCAACGCACCACAGUGGCCUGAGUACCUGGUCCAUCGAUUUGAACAUCAAUACACUCAAGCUAGUCUUCGGCCCGACCUUCUCAAAGGGGCUGACCUGGAGCAGACCCGAUACUUGAAAGCCGCCGCUGCCGAGCUCGGCUUCUCACUGUAUCUAGCCACACUGGAGCGGACUGUCAUUGAGGAUGAAGAAGCAGAAGAGGAGAUUGAUCGGACCGCGGCCUUGAAGCACGUAGUCACCAUGGAUGGUGUCCGAGUCGACGAUCCCAAGUCGGACAAGGGAAUGGUCAUACCCGAAGAUCAUCUAUUGGCGGAUGACGAUGUCCGUCUUGAUGAAGCAGAUGAUGAAGACCAUAGCGGCUAUACCGGGAAUGAAGGCGUAACUGCAACUUGCUUCUAUCGGGAUACGGUAUGUUUUAUGUUUUUGGCCCUCCUCACGUGCGCUAUGUUUCUCACCACGUCCUGCAGGCCAUAG